UACAGUAUAAAAUAAAUGACUACGAAUAUCACUACUAGUACCAGAAGCAGACACAUAACAAUUCAUAGCUUUCUUCCUUCAGUACUACUUUCCACUCAUAAUAGUAAUAAUAAAAAUAAUACAAAAUUUGUGCUUACAAACUAUAAUUUUGUCAAGAAUCCAACCCCCUCUCGCAAAUUCACUCAUUUUCUCAGAAACAAUAAUAAGAGUUCAGAUCAGAGGAUUUUAGCAGGGUCUAAGAUGGGAGAGAAUGCAGAGACAUCUGUGCAAGUUGGUGAUAUCGAACCACAUAAAAUGGUUUUUGAACCAAUUCUAGAAGAAGGCGUAUUCAGGUUUGAUAGUUUUGCAGAUGCUAGAAAUACUGCAUUUCCGAGUCUUUCUUUUGUUAAUCCAAAACAAAGAGACGUACCCCUUAUGAGUAAUCACAAGCUUCCAUCAUACAUUCCAAUUUCUGAACAUGUUGCUGGACAACAGAUUGUCUAUUUUGAGCUUCCAGCAGGAACCUCAUUUUAUGGAACUGGUGAAGUUAGUGGACAGCUUGAAAGAACAGGAAAAAGGGUUUUUACUUGGAAUACUGAUGCAUGGGGAUAUGGAAGUGGAACAACAUCCUUAUAUCAAUCACAUCCUUGGGUCCUGGCCAUUCUUCCUAAUGGAGAGGCAUUGGGGAUUCUCGCUGAUACAACCAAACGUUGUGAGAUUGAUCUUCGUAAACAAUCCACGGUAAAGAUAACCGCAACCUCGCCUUUUCCUGUGAUUACCUUCGGCCCAUUUGCUUCAGCAAACGUUGUUUUGACAUCACUAUCACAUGCAGCUGGAGCUGUAUUUAUGCCACCAAAGUGGUCACUUGGAUAUCAACAGUGUCGGUGGAGCUAUGACUCUCAUUUGCGUGUUCGCGAGAUUGCCAAGACAUUCAGGGAUAAAGGAAUACCUUGUGAUGUCAUAUGGAUGGAUAUUGAUUACAUGGAUGGCUUUCGAUGCUUCACGUUUGACCAGGAUAAUUUUCCUGAUCCAAAAUCUCUAGCGGAUGAUCUUCAUGAAAAUGGUUUUAAAGCUAUCUGGAUGCUUGACCCUGGGAUCAAGAAUGAAAAAAGUUACUUUGUUUUUGAAAGUGGAUCAGAAAAAGAUAUAUGGGUUCAAACAGCAGAUGGGAAGCCCUUUGUUGGAGAGGUAUGGCCAGGACCUUGUGUUUUCCCUGACUUUACUCAAGAGAAAGCUCGUACUUGGUGGGCAACAUUAGUCGAAGAUUUUAUAUCUAACGGUGUGGAUGGCAUAUGGAAUGAUAUGAACGAACCAGCUGUUUUCAAGUCCAUCACAAAGACGAUGCCUGAGAGUAACAUCCAUAGGGGAGAUGCUGAACUUGGCGGACUUCAGAAUCACUCACACUAUCACAACGUUUAUGGCAUGCUGAUGGCGAAAUCAACAUACCAAGGAAUGAAAUUAGCUAACCCAAAUAAACGACCAUUCGUUCUUACUCGAGCUGGGUUUAUCGGUAGUCAGAGGUAUGCUGCCACGUGGACUGGGGAUAAUCUUUCCACUUGGGAACACCUACAUAUGAGCAUCUCUAUGGUACUCCAACUAGGGCUUAGUGGUCAGCCACUUUCCGGGCCUGACAUUGGUGGGUUCGCUGGCAAUGCAACACCCAGAUUAUUUGGAAGAUGGGUGGGUGUUGGGGCCAUGUUUCCAUUUUGUCGUGGGCAUUCCGAGAAGGGAACUGCCGAUCAUGAGCCUUGGUCCUUUGGGGAAGAGUGCGAGGAGGUUUGUCGUUUGGCCCUAAAGAGGCGUUACCGCCUUAUACCACACAUAUAUACACUUUUCUACUUCGCACAUACUAGAGGUUCUCCGGUGGCAGCCCCCAGUUUUUUUGCUGAUUCAAAAGAUUCCCAGUUAAGAACAAAUGAGAAUUCCUUCCUACUGGGGCCACUCCUUGUAUAUGCAAGCACUGUGAGUGGUCUUGGGGUGCAUCAACUGAAGCAUACAUUGCCUAAUGGCAUUUGGAUGAGUUUUGAUUUUGAAGAUUCACAUCCAGAUUUACCAGCACUGUAUCUACAUGGCGGAUCAAUUAUCCCAUUUGGUCCAGCUCAUCAAUAUGUUGGUGAAGCUAAUCCAAAUGAUGAUUUAUCAUUGUUUGUUGCGUUAGAUGAAAAUGGUAAAGCUGAAGGUUUUCUCUUUGAAGAUGCUGGUGAUGGCUAUGAAUAUACUAAUGGAGGUUAUCUCCUGACAACAUACAUUGCUGAGCUCAAAGCUUCGGUUGUCACAGUGAGUGUUUCUAAGACUGAAGGAUCGUGGAUAAGGCCAAACCGCCGCUUACAUAUACACCUAUUGCUCGGAGAAGGAGCAAUGGUUGAUGCCUGGGGUACUGAUGGAGAGGAUCUUCAGAUCGUUAUGCCAUCAGAAAAAGAAGUGUCAAAAUUAAUUUCUGCUAGCAAGAACAAUUACAAGAUUCGAAUGGAAACUGUGAAGUGUAUUCCUGAUGUGGGGCAGGCGCCUGGACGUAAAGGGAUUGAGCUUUCAGAAACUCCUGUGGAAAUCGUAUGUGGUGAAUGGGCUCUAAAAGUAGUACCUUGGAUUGGGGGUCGAAUAAUUUCCAUGGAGCACCUUCCUACAGGAACUCAAUGGCUAAAUAGUCGGGUUGAAAUUAAUGGUUAUGAAGAAUAUAGUGGUACUGAGUAUCGUUCUGCUGGUUGUACCGAAGAGUAUACUGUCCUUGAUCGAGAUCUUGAGCAAGCAGGAGAGAUAGAAUCUUUAAAAAUGGAAGGUGAUAUUGGAGGUGGAUUAGCUAUUGAAAGAAACAUAUCGAUCUCCCAAAAUAAUCCCAAAGUUUUCAAUAUUGACUCCAGCCUUGUAGCACGAAAUGUUGGUGCUGGUUCCGGGGGGUAUUCAAGGCUUGUUUGCUUACGUAUACAUCCAACAUUUAGCCUAUUGCACCCAACCGAAUCUUAUGUCUCUUUUACCUCCAUCAAUGGGUCCAAACAUGAUGUAUGGCCAGAAUCCGGCGAGCAGUUCUACGAAGGGGAUCUUCGCCCAAAUGGUGAAUGGAUGCUAGUUGACAAGUGCCUUGGGUUGUGUUUGGUUAACAAAUUUAACAUUGGCCAGGUUUACAAGUGUCUUUUACACUGGGAUUUUGGGACUGUAAAUUUAGAGCUUUGGUCAGAAGACAGACCUGUUUCAAAGCAAUCCCCUCUUAGUAUUUCUCACAGUUAUGAAGUUAGGCAGAUUCCAUAGAAUGUGAAGUCAGACGACACAAUCUGUAUGUAUUUCUAAAUUGUAGAUAAUGCUGCUUAGAACAGUGUUCCAUAUCUCCUCACAUUUUAAUAAUAAUGAUAUUGAGAGUAGAUACUUAGUUUUGUAUGCAUAUUAUAUAAUGGAUAACAUAUAUUUGGGAAGCA